GCCGCCUUCGCCGCCGCCGCCGCCGCCGCCGGCCCCAAAAGCCUGCAGCAGGACUACAGCGAGGGCUACUCGUGGUGCCUGCAGGAGGCCGUGCAGUUCCUGACGCUGCACGCGGCCAGCGACACGCAGAUGAAGCUGCUCUACCACUUCCAGCGCCCCCCUGCCGCGCCCGGCGCCCCCACCAAGGAGCCCAAGGCACCCGCGCCCGCGCCCACCCCGGCCAAGGCCAACGCCACCACCGCGCGCCAGCCCGCCUGCGGCCUCUGGCGGCCAUGGUGACGAGGGAAGUGUGACCUGCCGA